UGAAUCAACCAACAGUUUCAGUCAGUAGCAAUGCGAUCCCGUCGGCUAGUCAUCCUGUCAAUUUUGUUAUUUCUCAUUGGAGUUGUCAGCGCUAGAACAGCGUCUGGAAGAGGAUGUACUCAUUCAAUGCAAUGUGGUAGAGGAUUCUUCUGUCAAGAAGGCGCUUGUAGGAAAGAUUCGUGUUCCAAUGAUUUACAAUGUGACGAGGGUGAAGAGUGUCGCCCUGGCAAUGUUAACGGACGACAGAAAUCCGGAUGCUUCAAGUCACUUGUCCCGAAAUCGGCAUUGGGAGGAACAUCGGAAGAUUUUUGUCCAGGAGGAGGUGCACUUGUCCUCUCUCCUACUGGAACUCUGACAAUCUGCGAUUUGACUGAAGACUGCCCAUCAACUCACAUCUGUAAUCCAGUGCAUGGAGUUUGUUGUACAAAACUACCAACCUGUCCAAAAACUAAGAAAACCAUGGUUAACUUCAUAACUGGCAAACCUAUUAUGUGCCAAUUCAAACAAGGAAGAGUAAUGCCAUGCCCUGAGAAUGGUUUCUGUGAGACUACAACUGGAUUCUGCUGCGUCCCAGGUGUAGAUGUUGAGCCCCCAGUCGUCGUUACCCGUGCACCAGCAAUCAUUGAAAAUGAACGUCCGUGGCGAGGACAAGUGUGCUCUCCACAAUCUGGAUGUUCUGGUGGAGCAGCUUGUAUCUGUGGAGCCCGUGGAAAUUGUAUGUGUGAGUGUGCCACAGACUUUGGAUACACACUUGCUUCCGAUGGAAAAACUUGUCAAAGAGUUAGAAGACGUCUGAAAGAAAAGUGUAAGACUGAUAUGGAAUGCUCUGCUGCAUUUUCAGAAUGCUCUUCAGGAGGAUGUAGAUGUAAGAGAGGUUUCAAGAGAAAUGGUGAUGGAGGUUGUGAACCCCUUGAGUACCGAUGUGUCAACAAAGCAGCUCCCCUAAAACGAGAUGAAAAGCUUAUCACAUGCUCUCUCAAAAACUCUCUUCUUUCGAGUGUCUCCACCAGUUUCAGAAGCCUGAAAAAGUCAGAAAAUGGAAGUGAUAUUAACGAUGCCGAAUUUGAACGUCUAAUGAAAGGAAUUCAAAAUGGAACUCUUUUGGAUUUUGGAAAUGAAAGAGAUGAUUGUCCAGAUGAGCAUUAUUGUGUUCCUGUGUUCGAUGAUGCAAGUAAACCCGGUUAUUAUAAGGGAUUUUGUUGUCCGUCUCCAUCCGAAAUUCGCCCAACAUGCCCUGUGGGAGAACCACAUGAAUCGUCAUAUCCUCCAGACUAUGGAUGUAACAAAUGUCCCGUAGAUUAUUACUGUCAUAGGGAUUCUGUAGCCACCGAGAAAUCUAUUUGCUGUCCAAAGCCUUGUGUUUCACUCGAAGACAUCUACCACGAAGGCCAGUGCUUUUCAAUGGCGUACUAUGGAGACAGCUGUCACAUUUCGUCGCAAUGCGUCUACUCAAAGAGUCCCGACGCCGCCGAAGAGUACGCUGAAGUUGCAAAAAUGGAAUGUGCCAGAAGUAUUUGUUCGUGUCCAGCAGGUUUCAGUUAUGCUGACGGACAGUGCAAAAGAAUUAUGUGCUCAAUUGGCCUAAGAGGAGAACCAUCAGUAGACAAGUCAGGGCAAUUAAUUCGUUGUGAGAGAUCCAGUGAUUGUAGUAUGGGUCAUAUGUGUGAUCCAAAUACCCAUGUUUGCUGCAAGGGAACUAACAGAUGUCCAAAGGAUUAUGUUGAGACCGGAGAGCAAUGCACAGAUGACAAUUGUCGUGGAAUAAACCAAAUCUGUCACCGAACCAAAAAUGGCAAAGCCAAAAUCUGUUGCACUUAUGAUGAUGUGACAAUGUCUGCCAUGCGGGAUGCCCUGAAUUCAACAACAAUGAAUCUGUAAACUACAUUCGCUUUGUAAAAUCCCUUCUCUAUAUUGUUCACCCCUCGUUUUCCAACUCUUCUUGUUUGUACAUUUUGGACGUGCUUCCCUUUUCUUUUUCCUCUUUUCACCAGUAGCCACCAACACCACCACCUCUUUAAUAAAUCCUUACAUGACUCUC